AUGACUCGCCUCCUGAACACCUGUGGAGGGUCCGCGCAGCCCAAUCAGCAGCUCAUGAAAGUCUGCUUGAUGUAUGAAAAGGGAGUUCAUAUUAGCACUACAAAGGGUCGGCUGGACGAGAUUACGUCACCCGUUUCGAGUUGCCUUGCCCUUCGUGUUUUCAAGGCGACUGUGGGUGUGCUCUGUGUGGUGGGCGUGUCCAGCUACAGCGAAGACCCGGUGCAGUACCACAUCCAAACGGACGAUGGAUCCGAGCGAUACUUCAGGUACCAGACCUACGACGGCCAGUACCGCAAGGAGAAGCGGCUGGACGACGGCACGGUCAUCGGCACAUACGGCUGGGUCGACGCCACGGGCCUCCUGCGCCUCUACGACUACGUCGCCGACCUCAGCGGCUACCGCAUCGUGCGGAAGAAGACCCUCAAGAUGGCCCAGCAGCCGCGAGCACCGGUGACCGACGCCCCUGUGAGGAGAAAUCCUUCCAGGCCCUCCUCCUUCAGGACACCGAGUCGUGCGAGCGUGAGGGAUCAGCCUGGGUUGUCCGUGUCCGUGGUACGGACGCCCACGCCCAAGCCCUCGUACACCCCGCAGAGGACCUCCCCGAUCAGACGACCUCAGGCGCCGAGAGGGACAGCUCCCACCUCAGACUCCGGCGACGCCCCUCCGCAGGGCCUUCCCCUAGGAGAGUCUGGGAGUGAGGCGCAGCGAGACCCGGCCACCGUCAGCGACUCCACAGGUAACCCGGCAACCCACGCAAACAGAGGACACGGUGGAACAGCAACCAAACUAACCAGCCACACGACAGCAACACAGGCCAGUGGUGAGGCGGGGACACUAACUCGUAGGCCAGUGAGAGUGGGGAGUUCCUCUCCUCGCCGGCGAACACAGAGCACGAGGGAGCACCUUGUCCAGCGAACGGGUGACCUAUUAAUCGAAAGGACACGUGACCUGGUGACUGAACGACCUGGUGAUAAGGUGACGGAAGCACCUAAUAACGGUCCUAUUAACAGACGCCUGCCCGAAGCAGGAACGUACAGCAUCAAUUACGAUCUGGGCAAUCAGUUCCACAAGGAAAAGAUUUUGCCCGACGGAACGAAAGUCGGCAAACACGGCUACGUAGACCCACUGGGGAUCCUCCGAGUGACCUAUUACACGACGGGACCGAACGGGCAUCAGCAGAGUCAAGAGAGCAAGUGGGUUGGCAGCCGCGACCCCUAUCAGGAAUAAAAAAAACGAACUCUUUUUUUUGCGUAGGAUUAAGUGUUGAGUGU